AUGCCGAAUCCCAGACUGUCGAAGAGAAAGCGCAUUGGCCGUGCGUGUGACCAAUGUCGGCGUCGGAAGUCCAAGUGCGGCGGCGAGCAGCCCGUGUGCUCCAUCUGUCAGGCGGCAAACCGGACUUGCACGUAUCAGAAUAGCAGUCGGCGGAGAGGAUUGCAGUCGGGAUAUGUGAGGAGCUUGGAGGUCGCGCUCGGGAUUGUUCUCGACCGGGUCCCUAACAGCGAGAGUACGCUGCAGCGUAUCGUCCGAGGUGCUCGGGAGGGUAAGCGUUUCGCUUGCAGUGAGUUGGCCGACCGUUGGCGGAGGUCAAAGCUCGCCAAAGAAGUUAUUCAUUUGAUUCAAGCCGAGGCCGGAGACGAUGCAGGGGAACUAGAUUUGGAUGAUGGACUUGGAGAGGAUCUUAUGGAUAGUUGUGUGGCUGACGGAGAAGAAGGAGAGCAGAUGGAGAUGGAAAGGGAAGCUCCCAGAGACAGCGGGAGAGAACAACCACCGCGGCAGUCGGUAUCACUGGAUCUGCCCUUUCCAGAUAACACGCCUGAGUUGGUGGAUUUAUAUUUCCUUCACACCCAUUGCUGGUUUCCAAUAGUCGAACGCAGAGACAUCCUGCGCGUCAUGCAUACCCAUGCAGACUCACCCAGAGACUCUGCGUGUCGUCUCGUGCUCUGGGCGAUUAUUGCCUACACAGCUAUUAUGAUCGAUUCUUCGUCCUGCUCGACCCGACUGAUUCGCUCGAACAUACAGCAGUCGAUCCAAACGCGACUCAUCAGCAGCUACGAGAGGACAGAACUGAGCCACAUCCAAGCCCUCCUCAUCCUCGUCCUCCUACAUCUCGAACGGGGAGAUCUUGGUGAGGCAUGGGUGCUUGUCGGGCACACGACGCGAUUGCUAGCCAUCUUGCCCGAGCCAGCGCAGACUCAACGUUACAAGCAUGCUUUCGUUGGCUGUACCUUUCUUGACGGAAUCAUAUCGGCUCUGGUCCACAAAUCACCAUCCCUACUCGGACCAGAACACCAGGUCAAUGCGCAGGUUGAAGAGGAUGAUGUGGAUGAGUGGGACACUUGGACCAUUACGCGCCGAGUCCAGGGUUCAGAAACGCGAUUCCACUCGAAGAGCCCUCUUCGUGCUCUCAGCACAUUCAACAUGAUCCACAAGUUCAUGCGCAUUCUCAAUCGCCUGCCGCUGUGCACCUCGGGCGUCAUCUCUGCACAUGAGGUCUUCGUGGACUUGCAACGCUUGCAGCAGCAGAUCUCCGAGCAACGUCCAUACAAGGGCCUGGAAUACGCUACGCCCCCUCUACUGAUUCUUCAUCUCACUUCGUCUUUCGCCAUUCUACACGUGAUCGAGCAGUGCAAGCUGGUGGAUACUUCCGCAGUCUCGGAGAGAGCCCGGAACCUGCGCACGAUGGUCAAUCUGCUUGAUGACUACGUGGAGGUCACUGGCAAUGUCAGCUCAACCCCGCUGCUUCGCUGCUUCACAUCCCAGGCCAGAAAGUCCCUGGAAACUUCACCCCAGUGUUUCGGAAGUGAAGAAGCGGAACGGCUGAGUGACCGAGUUUCUCGUCAUGUGCACAUGCUGAAGCUUGAAGAUGCAGGCGGCGGCCGCGAUUCGAACGUACCACUAUUCCGACAUCCAGGAACAAGCACCUCAGUUGAUCUUACACUCGAAACCGCCGCCUGGCAUGUGCCAGGCUCAGAGGUAGGACGUAGCGAUAUGGUGGGUGCACCAAUCAUACCCCAGAUCCCGACGUCCGCUUGGAGUGUUUCUGGAGCGUUGGCAACCCAACCAGCGCAAACACAGGAACCCGAAGACUUUGAUGCAUUGUUCGAGGAGAUCAUGACGUCGAUUCCAGCCAGCAGACAUGAGCCCACAUUUGCGGAAAACUUGGGCUUCUAUGCGGGCAACAUGGACACAGACUUCCUCGAGCAGCUCCAGUAUAUCCCCGAGGAUACAUGA